AUGAGAGUGGACAGGGAGAAGGAGAAAGAACAGCAGCACGUUCGCUACAGCAACAUCCCUUCCCCCGCGAAUCCCAAGUUCAGCCGCCGUCAGAACACCUUGGAGAUGGUUCGCAACACCCUUGGCCCGGAUGCGUAUUCGCCGUCGACCAAGUCCAUAGCCUUGUUUGGCAUGGGCGGUGUUGGCAAAACCCAGGUUGCAAUCCAAUAUGCGUACCGAAACCUAGACCAGUUCAACGCCGUUCUUUCUCGUGUCAUCGCCGAGGCCCUCGGGCUAUUGAAGUCGGGAGAAGAACCAAAAGAUACCGUGUGGACGGUAAAGAACUGGCUCAGCACCACAAAGACAACUUGGUUGGUCGUUUUCGACAACGCCGAUGAUCUCGCGGCAUUAAAGGUCGUACAGCCAGGGUCAACGCGCGGUUCGGUGCUGAGAACAACGAGAGACUUCACCAGGCUUCUCAAAGUUAUCGGGUCGGAAAAUGCCUCGCCGUCUGACACUCAACAUGCAAUCGCCAUCAGCCGGGCGUUUGAUGGACUGCCUCUAGCGCUCGCACAAAUUGGCGGGUUCAUCACGAAGCGAAAUUUGUCUCUCCAGGAUUUCUUGCCCUUGUACGAGAAGUAUUCUUCCAAGAUCGACUCACGAAAGGUGCCCGGCAGCGACUACGAGUAUCCUAAGCGGCAAGUCUCAACCUGUCUUUUUAAUGUACUGUCUUUUUUCGACCCGGAUUGUAUCUCCGAGGAGAUCUUAUCCCAAGGCUCUGGCGGCCUAGAUGAUGAGUUCGCUUUCCUGGCCGACGAAAUGAGUCUUGGCGAUGCGUCUGAGGAACUACUGCGCGCUGCGCUGGUGAGCCGUACCGGGGAAACCGCCGUUCUCACAGUUCAUCGUCUGGUGCGGUCCGCGGCCAGAAAAAGGUUGAGCGAUUUCGAAAGCAUCAAGUUCUUCGAAGCUGCAGUACACAUUUUAUGCUGGGGCUUCCCAGAUGACUCCAAAGUCGACAUCGGCCGUCAAGUUUCAGCAUGGAUCCGGUGCGAGAAAUGCCUUCCCCACGUCAACCGUCUCGUCGAGCUCUUGGAUCAACCCAGGAACAAGGACAUGGCAGGAGACGGGCAAAAAUAUGCCGAUAUCCUCCUUAGGUGCGGCUGGUAA